AUGAGCACCAAUAAAUUUAAUAGCGGUGAUACUAAGGAGUAUUCUUUAUCUCCUUCAGAAUCUCUUUCAGAAAACCAUCAAAAGAUCGCAGAAAAUCUAAGCGCUGUAACAUUUGUUAAUGAAGGUAAUUCUAAUCUUACAGAGCAAAAGGAAAUUGAAAGAUUAAAAAAGAAUUUUUUUGAGCAAAAAGCUAACUUACAGAGGAAGAAUACUUUGGAAUACCAAUUAAGACAAAGUGCCAUAUCCAAAAAUAGAGAUUUUAAAAAAAAGCUCCGUGAAAAAAAUAGUUUCAAUAGGAUAAGCCGCAAAGAAAAUGAUUAUUAUUACAAGUUGAAACGAAAUGAGUUGAAUAAGUUAAAAGAGAUAGAUUCGCAGGUUAAAGAGUUAGAAAGACUACAACGUUUGAAAAAUCAAGCAAGUCAACUGCCCAAUGACAAUAUUGAAGAUCAACUUACUGAGAUAACGGAUGAUACAAAAAUUGUAAAAGAUAAGCGGCAAGUAAUUAAUAUUCAAAAGAAGAAGAAGAAAACGAAAAAAAUCAUUAAAAUUUAA